CAUAAUCUAUCACACGAAUAGGAAAAGAGAGAGAGAGAGAGAGAGAUCAUAAAUAUAUGGAAGAGAUUCGUGAAGCAGCUAUAGCUUACUACAACAAUCUAUCACACGAUCUAAAAUGCAAAGCCUAUAAUAUGUUCUUAGCAAUGGAUUCGAAUGGAGAUGAUAAGAUAAGCAUGGAUGAAUAUAUGCAGAAUUUCAGUCAAUUGGGUCUCAAAUUGAAUGCCAAUCCAAGAUUCUUCAUGGAGCUUGAUAGAAAUGGAGAUGGUAUUUUGGAUUUUGAAGAAUUUCUGAGUUUGUACUAUCUUAUUAGGAGUGGGAGGUUUGUUUUUUGUGACGGCCAUGGAUGUGGAGCUUUUCUUAAAGGACUUUAUUUCACUUGCUCUGACUGCUUCUCUAUCUCACAGAAUACUUUCGAUCUAUGCUCUUCUUGCUUCAAUACUAGGAAUUACUAUCACCACCAUGACACCAUUUUCGAUAAUUUUACUUUGUUUCGGUGUAUGGCUGGGUACCGCACAAGGGUAGCACAAGCACAAACGCAAUGGCAAACACAAACAUAUCAUCAGGUGCAGCCAGCUGGACCGUCUCAGAUGGGACAAUGUUCUACUACUCAAGGUAGUAUUUCUGCACUCUCUGCUCCAGGAGGAUCUAGCCGCUCUGCAUCUGGCACAAUCAAGGAAGUUACUGAAGUAGUGGGUGACAUAAAGCAACUCGUAAAUUUCGCUCAAAACAUCAUUGAUAUAUGCAGCAUAAUGUAAAGCCAUUUUUUCUUUUUGUAUUAAUUUAGAUUGCAUAUAUAAUAUGGAUAAAGACAGAGACUUAUAUUGUUUUGGUUCUUGAAAGAAUUUCUAUAAUCUAUUGUUAUGUUCUUAUGUUA